AUGGCUUGCUUCAAUCUUAAUCUCCCACUUCUUGCAUCUCUAUGGGCUUUCCUUUUCCUUUCCAAUCCAGCUCACUAUAAAAACAAAGUGGACAGUAUACUGAAGGGAAUCAACAACUACAGACAAACAAAGAAUCUUGCACCAUUGAAUAAAAAUGACAAGGCAAGUUGUUUAGUUGAUGAAGUUGCUGAAGAAAUACAAGACACACCAUGUGAAAAAGUGACUCAAUACUACCCAACUUCUGGUCCUGGUGGAAACCUAAGAAUUCCCAAUUUGUUAAGAGAUGUUGAUAAAUGUGAUAUUAACGUUAACACUACAACAGAUGGAGUCAUUCUACCUGUUUGUGUGCCUAAAUUGGAACCAAUUGUUGUGUUGUCUAAUUACACUCGUAAUGAUAUCUAUGCAAAGUUUCUUAAUAAUUCAAAGUACAAUGGAGUUGGACUUAAUUCAGAGGAUGAUUGGAUGGUUCUUGUUCUUGUUCUUACUACUAAUACAACUACUGGAACUUUCUCUGCAACAACUUCUCUUCAUGCUAAUGUUGUUUGGAUGGCUUUGUUGUUUCUUUUAAAAUAA